UUCUGCCAAAACACCUUUGUCAUGGUGGUGAUGCGGCAGAUUGUAAACAAAACUAUUUCCCUUCUACUUCCGGUCAACCCGGAAGUACAUCUCCCGCUCUUGUUUACAUCCUCAGGGCGGCUGUUAGCUAACAGGAGCGACCGUCGCAGUGAUGUGUGGCAGCUGACGAGCUCCGGGCUGGGUUCGGUUGUCAGAUCCGCUCCGUCGGUGCCGUUUGGCGGGCUCCAGCUCCUGCUGACCGGGAUGGGCUCGCCGCUCCUCCUGCUGCUCCUGCUGCGGUGGCCGGGGCUGCUGGCGGCGGAGCAGGUCGCCGUGCUGGAGGUUCUGCUGGAGGAGCAGCCCGGCGUCAGCGCGCUGCUCCGGGGGGAGGUGGUGGAGUCCAGCGGGGACGGGUCCGAGGGAGGGGAGCGGGAGGAGCUGGAGGGGAACCUGGUGCUGGUCCGAGUGGAGGAAGCCUCGGAGAUCGCAGGAGAGCCGGAGGAGCAGGAGCCCUGGAUCGGGCUGCUCCCCGUGGACAGCACGGCCUCCCGCGGCGGGCAGGAGUCCUUCGCCGAUGCGGUCGUUAACAAGAUGAAGCGCGCGCUGGUUCUGGGGGCGUCUGCGCUGAUCAUCCUGGCGCUUAACCCGAACCCCGUCAGUGAGAUGGAUUUGUCCCCGGUUCUGUCCAAGCCCAUCAUCGUGGUCCAUACGUCGGAGAACGUUACUAAGCUGAUAGGAGCGCUGCUCCGAGGCCUGAGGGCCACCGCAAAGAUCACCUACCAGAGCAUCCUGCAGGACGACCUGGGGGGGGCCACGCUUACGCUGUGGUCGAGCUGCGGUCGCUCCAGGGGUGGGCUCUACGGGGAGUGGCAGGGGGUCAUCUGCACGGGGGAGAGCAACUCCCAGGUCCAGAAGUACCUGCAGCAGCUGUGGGACACGGUCCUCCUGGUGGUGCUGAUCCUCUGCACCGGCGUCAUCCUCCAGGCCCGCUGGCAGCACCAGGACCGGCAGCCCAACGACAACUUCCAGUUUCCCAAGCAGGAUGUUCUCAGGUCCAUGUCGCUGCUGAAAACCCGGCCGUACCGUCAACCCAAACGCUGGUGCGGCCCGUCGCAGCCGACAGACGCAGACAUCUGCGCAGUCUGCCUGGAGGCGUUCAGGAACAACCAGUGUCUGCGGGUGCUGCCGUGUCUCCACGAGUACCACAGGGACUGCGUGGACCCCUGGCUGCUGCUGCAGCACACCUGUCCUCUGUGCAAACGCAGCAUCCUGGGCGGAGUCUGCAAAGACGGCUAACGGCUGCUCCAGCCGCCGCUCCGGGAUCUUCUUUCUUUGAUGCUCCGAGUAUUACUUUGCCGUUUGGUUUGUGGACCUCCCCUCAGAACCCGUCCUGUCUUCACUGUGGAGCGGCUGGAACAUCGUCUGCUUUCUGCAGAGAAAGAUCUGGGAGGAGGUGUGGGCUCGUUCGGUCCGUUGGUCACAUUCAGAACUUUGUCCUCAACCAAACCAGCAAAAGCUUUCCUCCUCCUCUUCCUCUAUGCCCCUUAGGUUUAAACAAGUGAUGAAAGUCGGUCCCCCCUAUGCUGCCACCUGGUGUUAGACGGUGGUACUACAUGUCAUACAGGAAGUGUAGAGAAACAAAAACCAUAAAACAGAUGCUAAAUUAUUAUUUAUUUGAAAAAAAUCUAACAUUUUCUGUAGAAAAUGCUCAUAGAUCUGAUCUCUGGAUUAGAAACUUCUGUGCGUGGCAACCCCAGCCCCUCCUGUCUGCACGCGCUCAGUCAUCACGCAGCUGCGGCUGCGCAGACUCCAUCCUGCAGUCAGUGUCGGUCUGCGGCCGGAGGAGCAGGGGGGUCAGUCAGAGGAAUAAACACACUGUUACUUGGCAAC